UGGACGUGUACUACCUCAUAGUGUUUAUGUUCCUGGAAAUGUUUGCCCUGUCUUCUAUUGCUUUUUUGAUCUUAUGGUAUACCAAAGCCAUGGUAUUUUCGGAAUUAAUCGUAGCAGACGUCGUUACUACCUCGUCAAUGAUGAUCCGGAAAAUGAUGAUGUCACUGUUGAUGAUGACUCAGGUAUAUAUUGGUGUGGGUGUAACACAGACUGUAUCUGUACACUAGAUAUUAAACCAGACCUGCGAGACUUGACAAGAGGAGAAGUUGUGACCAACUUGAGAAAGGUAUACAAGAAGGGAGAUAAAUCAGCAUUAGACAGUCUGUCUAUGAAUCAGAUCACUGUGUUCCUCGGUCACAAUGGUGCUGGAAAAACAACAACUAUGUUAGUAAAACUUAUAUACAGUUAA